ACCGAACCAAAAUCCGAAUUGAAACAUACGCUUCUUCUUUGGGGAGAGAUUGUUUUAUUUUAGGUCAAAGUUCAGAAAUUUGGGAGAUUCGUCUCGUAUCGUGAAUUGUUGAGAUUGUCGGGGAAGUGAAGAAAUGGGGAAGCAGCCGGUGAAGUUGAAGGCGGUGGUUUACGCGCUUUCUCCGUUUCAGCAGAAGAUUAUGACCGGACUCUGGAAGGAUCUACCGGAGAAGAUCCACCACAAGGUCUCGGAGAAUUGGAUCAGCGCCACUCUCCUCGUCACUCCUGUCCUCGGAACCUAUUGGUAUGCUCAGCACUUCCAGGAGCAGGAGAAACUGGAGCACAGGUUCUGAAGCAUGAAGUCGCUCCUUUUUCUACAAGAACACAUUUCUUUGUUUUGGAAGCCGAUUUUCUUAAUAGUAUCUUCUGAGUCAGUUUGUUUCUGAAACUCUCUAUUGCCAAAUAAAUGUUUUGAUUCAUGACAAUCACCUUUAUUGUGCAUCUUUCUUUGAUAUGAUAUGGAAUUGGUUGGAAUUGGUUGG